GGCAGCAACGUUAGUCUUAUGUAGAUUAAAGUUAACGCAUUGUACGCUCUUAUUGGUCGUCGAAGCUGCAGUUGUGUGCAUAAACGCUUUUAAAGCUCCCGUUUCCAACUUGUUGCCCUCUUAAAUGAAGGAGAAGUUUUAACGGCGGAGCUUCACGCGUGGCAGCUGGACACUUUGAAAAAUGAAGACUCAUCAUGACGAGAAAUCUGCCACGUUUCUGUUAAACGCUUCUCUUCUGUAUAAAGAAACAUGUCCGGAGCUGUCACGGUUCUUCCUGCAGUGGCCUGUGAAUGUGAACGCACCACCGGAACUGAAAUCCUCCAGUCUGCUGCAGAGCACCUUGAUGUGCCCGUACUGUUAUCAGUGGCUGCAGCCUGACAAUCACCGGAUGCGACUGCGGCCCAAGCAGCGUCCAUCAGCACGGCUGCAGAGCAUCCUGCGCAGAAAGGCUCGGGGCAAACGACUCAGCCUGGUGCAGAAAAAUCUGCUGCACCACUUCCAAAAGUCCUCCUCAGUACUGAUGGCCACCUGCCACACUUGUAGUAAGACAUCUAGACACAAAGGAAUGAACAGGGACUUUAUAGCUACCCUGUCUAAGACUCACAGCACCCCAGGGAGCACCGGCAAACACAAGACUCCACAGUCAACUGGCAGGCCCAGCAUGACUACCCCCAAGACUCCUGGCAAAGACAAGACACCUAGGUCCUCCACCUCCUCGCACACUUCAGGGUCAGGCUCAUCUUCCUCCAAGCCUCCUUCUAAACCUAAAAAUUGGGUUGUCCAGCGCCUCAGCAAGAUUCUCAUGCGAGAGGACAACCAGGGCAGCAAGAAGGGGGGCUUAAAAGAUUUUCUUUCCUCACUUUGAGCAUUUCUUAUAUACUCUUACAAAAACAAAGGGUUAAACCCAUGUUGUAACCUGUUUACACCAAAGGCUAAGGGGAAACUAAAGAGAGUAACCUUGGUUUCUUAGCCCUUGUGGGAAGGGUUACAGUUUGCCCACCAGCACAUCUAUUGCUGGGCUGUUAGGAAUGGCACUCCUGGAAUUCUGAAUGCAGAAACUGGGAGCACUGGGCUGAUUAUUUCAACUAUUAAUCAGGGUUAUUGCAUUCUCUGCUGAGCCUGUCGGAGGAGAAUAUUUCUUUUUGUCUAAUUUAGCACACGCUUCUUGUAAUCUCCUAAGCUGGGGAUAUUACUUUAAGUGGAAUGUUUGAGGAAUUAUUCAGUAUUUAUGACAUGGCAGAAACAUCACAGGAAACCCAAUUUUGUUCUGCGGUGAUGUUUGUGGCAUGAAAAGCUGGUUUACAUGCCAAUAUCCUUCUCCAUUUUGGAUUUAUUUUUCUUAAGUUACAAUUAUACCUUUAUAUGAUAAAUAUAAGACUAUAUGGUAUUCAUACAACUUGAUGUUAAAACUUUUGUAUUUGAAUUGAUUUACUUACUUUCUUUUUUGGCCCUCUCCAGUGGGGAGAUGUGUCUGUAUUUGUGAUGGCACUGGCUAAACAUGACAGAUUUCACAAAUGUGCUGUAAAUAUGUUGUUGACACUGUUGCAUUUUUGUAUAUGCAUACAAAUGGUUUUGAGACUGUGCAAGUCACCAAUGAAGAUAUUUGUAAUUAUCAUCUAAAGUGGGACUCAUCAGUUGUUGUUUACAUUGUGUAGGCACAUUUGCCUAAAACCUGUACACAAAUAACUUACUGACAAUACGUAUUGUCAAGGCUUUCAGUUUUCUAUUAUUUUCUUUGGCUAUGUAUUUGUGAAUGGUUACUCUUUUCAUCUUUUUGUUAAGAGCAGGAAUUUAAAUAUAUCUACUGCAUUUUGUACUGCCUGAUUACCUACCUGUUGUCCAUUAGCUGUUCAAUGUACAGUAUGUGUUUAAAUCCUGAAAUACCUCACAUUUGUAUUCCGCCUACAGCUUUAUUCUCUGAAAUAAAACCUUUUC